AUCCAUGCUCUUCUGCUGCUUGGAAGAGGGAAACCACCGGCUCUCUCUGUGCGCACAUCACUAAAUAAAUACAAAAAGUCCAGUCGAUCCACUCUGGCUACUCAAUCCUUAGCUGCUGCAAAUAAGGAAAAGGCUCCCCGAAGGCCUGAGUUUGAACCACAGAUUGCUCUCUCAUCGGCGGUCACACUGUACUGUGUUGAUUAUGGCGACUUGUUUUCAUUUGCAGUCACUCUGCUAAAGAUAUAUACACACACACACACAUACAUGGAGGAGGAAAAGGAUGAAAUCGCAAAAGAUAUCACUGAGUUGAUAGGAAAUACCCCAUUGGUGUACCUCAACAAAGUAGUGGAAGGUUGCGUAGCACGCGUUGCUGCCAAAUUGGAAAUGAUGGAGCCCUGUUCAAGCGUCAAAGACAGGAUUGCAUACAGUAUGAUUAAGGAUGCCGAAGAAAAGGGCCUAAUUACACCCGGGAAGACCACACUCGUAGAGGUUACCAGUGAAAACACUGGCAUUGGUCUUGCGUCUGUUGCAUCUGCUUGGGGAUAUAAGCUUAUCAUUGUGAUGCCGCACACAUAUAGUCUCGAGAGAAGGAUUAUUCUGAAAGCUUUUGGAGCUGAACUACACCUCACUGAUGCAGCCAAGGGAUUUGAAGGCGUCAUUGAAAAGGCCCAAGAGAUAAUGGACAAGACGCCAAACACUUAUUUCUUGCGCCAGUUUGAGAAUCCUGCUAAUCCCAAGAUUCAUUAUGAGACAACUGGACCUGAGAUAUGGAAAUGCACUGAAGGAAAUGUGGAUGCUCUAAUUGCCGGGAUCGGAACGGGAGGAACUGUCACAGGGGCCGGAAGGUUUCUCAAAGAGAAGAAUCCAGACAUAAAGGUAUACGGUGUUGAGCCUGCUGAUAGUGCAGUUUUAAGUGGGGGAAAUCCAGGAAAGCAUAAAAUCCAAGGUAUUGGUGCUGGUCUUGUUCCUGCUGUGUUAGACAUCAGUAUACUUGAUGAAGUGUUUACCGUAACCAAUGACGAAGCAUUUGAAAUGACAAAGCUCCUCUGCCUCAAAGAAGGUUUGCUGGCGGGCAUUUCGUCGGGGGCUGCAACCGUUGCUGCUAUCAAAGCUGCUAAGAGGCCAGAAAAUGCCGGAAAACUCUUUGUCAUAUGUCUUUCUUUCUUUCUUUCUUUCUUUCUUUAGAAGGGCCAACCAAUUCGAUAGUAUCUUACGAUAGUUUGUCAGAGAGCUUGCAUUUGCAUUUGUAUUUGCAUUUCAUGCUUUGUUGCUGCUUAUUAGCUUGCUCAUUUUCUCAACUUGGGGUUUAAUGUGCUUAAACAGGUUAUAUUCCCGAGCUUCGGGGAGCGUUAUCUCUCAACUGAGUUGUUUGAUUGGGUGAGGGAAGAAGUAGAGAAUAUGAUAGUCCAAUAAAUUUUUCAAUCUCCCCUUGCAGUUAUAAGCUUUCUGAGAUCAUGGGACCGAUCGUGUCCCGUGUAACCGACCACAUGCUCAGGGUACCCCUGGCCCGUGAGCCCUAUGACCAUUGCAGCAUUCAAUAAAAUUUGAGGUGAUGG